AUGCCGAACAAAUCUGAGAAGGCUGUUGAAGAAGCUUGGAAGAAUUUUGAGGAUGCUCACAAACUCCUCUAUCAAUCCGAGCAAGAGUUCCACAAAAUGACGUCCAAGCUGAGGUCGGAAAAAGUGAUUACAAUGACCAUGAUGCCCCAAAUUGAAAUAGUGAUGAAGCUUAUAGAGAUGGAGCGGUGUUGUCAAGCUAGCUUGCAGGAGCCAGAAUAG